CGUCUCCGUGUGACUUGCAGAUUGCGCUUCGGAUCACCGCUGGCCACAGAACGUGGCGUGUGUAUCAGAGGAUGACUCUCCCCCGUCCUCCCGGUCAAUUUGGUAUCGUCGGAUUUAAAGGGCGAGUUACUAGCAAGUCGGGCUCAUCCCAAGAAAGCGAGACUGUUUCUUAAGGGUCUGGAUAUCACAAUGAAAUAACAGCUCUGAGCGGCGUGCGGGCUUGUCGCGGGAGGAAUACUGAGGCGCUAGGCUCGUCAAGGAGAGGGGGGAAACAGACCCCAAAUACGACGGGAAAGCAGAUCGCAAGCGGAGGGUGAUUUGGCGUGGAAUGUGGGAAAAAAGUGCUGCAACUUCAAAGGCAGACAUGAGACGCUGAAGUCCCGGCGGACACAAAAAGCUGCAGGAAGCUGAAAGGAGGAAGUCCCGCCCCCAACCCCGCACCCCACAAAAGCCCGCAACGAUGGCGCUCGGUGGCCUGGCGUUGGCCUUUUGCCUCUUUUUGCAGGCCGGGCCCCUUGAGGGCUUCCCCGUGGAGCCCACGGGACUGCCCCCGGACGCAGGCCGGUUUCGGGUGGCGGACACCACCCUGACGCACUUGACCGUGCACCGGCAGACGGGCGAGGUGUUCGUGGGCGCGGUGAACUGGAUCUACAAGCUGUCGGACAACCUGACGGAGCUGCGGUCGCACCAGACGGGCCCCGUGGACGACAACGCCCGCUGCUACCCCCCGCCCAGCGUCCGCGCCUGUGCCCACCGCCUGGCGCCCUCCGACAACGUCAACAAGAUGCUGCUGGUGGACUACCGCGGCCGCCGCCUGGUGGCCUGCGGCACCAUCUGGCAGGGCGUGUGCCAGUUCCUGCGGCUGGAGGACCUCUUCAAGCUGGGCGAGCCCCACCACCGCAAGGAGCACUACCUGUCGGGGGCCCGGGAGGCGGACGGCAUGGCCGGGGUGGUGGUCGAGGAGGAGGAGGAGGGCGGGGCGGGCGAGGGGGCGGUGGGUAAGGAGGCGAAGGCGGGCAGCCGGCUCUUCAUCGGGGCGGCCAUCGACGGGAAGUCGGAGUACUUUCCCACGCUCUCCAGCCGCAAGCUGGUGGUGAACGAGGAGAGCGUCAGCAUGUUCAGCCUGGUGUACCAGGACGAGUUCGUCUCCUCCCAGAUCAAGAUCCCCUCCGACACCCUCUCCCUCUACCCGGCCUUCGACAUCUACUACGUCUACGGCUUCGCCAGCCGCAGCUACAUCUACUUCCUCACCCUCCAGCUGGACACCCAGCUCACCCAGAUGGACGCCACGGGGGAGAAGUUCUUCACCUCCAAGAUCGUGCGCAUGUGCGCCGACGACACCGAGUUCUACUCCUACGUGGAGUUCCCCCUGGGCUGCACCAAGGACGGGGUGGAGUACCGCCUGGUCCAGGCUGCUUACAAGCACCGGCCCGGCCGGAGGCUGGCCAGGGCCCUGGGGCUGUCCGAGAAGGAGGACGUCCUCUUUGUGCUCUUCUCCCAGGGGCAGAAGAACCGGGCCAACCCGCCGCGGGAGACCGUGCUGUGCCUCUUCACCCUGCGGCAGGUCAACGAGGCCAUGCGGGAGAGGAUCAAGUCCUGCUACCGGGGCGAGGGGAAGCUCUCCCUGCCCUGGCUGCUCAACAAGGAGCUGCCCUGCAUCAACACGCCCAAGCAGAUCGGGGAUGACUUCUGCGGCCUGGUGCUGAACCAGCCCCUGGGAGGCCUGCACGUGAUCGAGGGCGUUCCCCUGUUCGACGACCGCACCGAAGGCAUGGCCGCCGUGGCGGCCUACACCUACGGAGAGCACUCGGUGGUGUUCGUGGGCACACGCAGCGGCCAGCUCAAAAAGAUCCGAGUGGAUGACAUUCCCCCUCCGGCCCAGAAUGCCCUGCUGUACGAGACGGUGCCCGUUGUGGAGGGCAGCCCCAUUCUGCGCGACAUGGUCUUCAGCCCCGACUAUCAGUACAUCUACCUGCUGAGCAACAAACAGGUGACCCGGGUUCCAGUGGAGAGCUGUGGCCAGUACCGGUCCUGCCGGGCCUGCCUGGGGUCCGGAGACCCGCACUGCGGCUGGUGUGUCCUGCACAACAAGUACGUGCCCAGAGGGCCCCUCCUCUCCGGUCUGCCGCGUGCUGUUGCGGUUGGCGUAGUGCCCUUUGCCCAUCUCGCCUGUGCUGAAUGUAGAUAUAAACUGCUCCCAUCGUCCCCUUACUGUAGGCCCAGCGAAGGCGAGGUGCUGGCUAAGGGACAGGUCCGGUGUACGUCCCCCUCUCCGCGGGACAUCCCGUCUCUCACACAGGGGCACGGAGACAAGCGCGUGGUCAGGCUGGCACUCCGCUCCAAGGAGACGGGCCAGAAGUUCGUCAGCACGGACUUCGUCUUCUACAACUGCAGCGUCCUCGAGUCGUGCCUGUCGUGUGUGAGCAGUGCCUUCCCCUGCCACUGGUGCAAAUACCGGCACAUCUGCACCAACAACCUGGCCAACUGCUCCUUCCAGGAGGGCCGUGUCAGCGGAGUGGAGGGAUGCCCGCAAAUCCUCCAGACGAACGACAUACUGGUCCCGGCAGGGAUGGUGCGGCCGAUCACUCUCCGCGCUCGCAACCUGCCCCAGCCCCAGUCUGGCCAGAAGAACUACGAGUGCGUCUUCAGCAUCCAGGGCAAGGUCCAGCGCGUGCCCGCCGUGCGCUUCAACAGCUCCUGCAUCCAGUGCCAGAACACCUCGUACUGGUACGAGGGAGACGAGCUGGGCGACCUGCCGGUGGACUUCUCAGUGGUGUGGGACGGAGACUUCUUCAUCGACAAGCCAGCUUCCAUGAAAGCGCUCCUGUACAAGUGCCCGGCGCAGCGGGAGAGCUGCGGCCUGUGUCUGAAGGCCGAGCCCAGUUUCGAGUGCGGCUGGUGCACGGCGGAGAAGCAGUGCCUCCUGCGCCAGGACUGCCAGGCCCCCGAGCACAACUGGCUGCACCCGGGGCGGCGCAACGUGCGCUGCAGCCACCCGCGCAUCACCAAGAUCUGGCCGCUGACGGGGCCCAAGGAAGGAGGCACGCGCGUCACCAUCGUGGGCGAGAACCUGGGGCUGCACGUGCGCGAGAUCACUCACGUCAGGGUGGCGGGCGUGCGCUGCAACCCCGUGCCCUCCGAGUACAUCAGCGCCGAGAGGAUCGUGUGUGACAUGGAGGAGUCGUUACUCCCCAACCCCCCAGGGGGCGCCGUGGAGCUGUGCAUCGGCGACUGCGUGGCUGAGUUUCGCAGCCAGUCUGUCCAGAUCUACAACUUCGUGACGCCCAGCUUUAACAAGGUGCAUCCCGACCGCGGGCCGGUUUCAGGAGGGACGGUGAUCACGGUUUCGGGGAGACACCUUGAUGCUGGCAGCUCCGUCACAGUGUUCCUGGGACAAGGAGAGUGCCAGUUUAUAAGGAGGAGUGUCCGGGAGAUCGUGUGCCAGACACCCCCCUCUCUGGCUGCACCGGGACCUACGAACAUAAAGCUGUACAUCGACAAGGCAGAGAUCAUCAGCCCGGACACCCACUAUUCCUACACGGAGGACCCCAUCGUCUCCAGCGUGGAGCCCGGCUGGAGUAUCCUCGACGGCAGCACUCCCAUCACUGUGAGUGGCACCAACCUGCUCACCAUCCAGGAGCCCAGAGUGCGGGCCAAGUAUGGGGGCGUAGAGACCACCAACGUGUGUCAUGUUGUGAACGACUCGGUGAUGACCUGCUUGGCGCCCCGUAUCACCUACACUAAGCGGCUGCCCCCCGAAUCAGGCCUGCACCCCGAUGAGUUUGGCUUCAUUCUGGACCACGUAACCUCCCUGCUUGCCCUUAAUGGGACCCCCUUCACCUACUACCCCAACCCCACCUUCGACCCGCUUGGGAAUUCUGGGAUACUGGAGGUCAAGCCUGGAUCCCCUAUCAUCUUAAAAGGGAAAAACCUGAUUCCUCCUGCCCCAGGGAACACCCGCCUCAAUUACACCGUGCUGAUUGGAGAAACCCCCUGCCUGUUAACUGUGUCAGAGUCUCAGCUGCUCUGUGAUUCGCCAGACCUCACUGGAGAACAGCGAGUCACGAUCGUGGUGGGCGGUCUGGAGUUCUCUCCCGGGACCCUGCACAUUUACUCAGACAGCGCCCUCACCCUCCCCGCCAUCAUUGGCAUCGGGGUGGGCGGCGGGCUGCUGCUCGUCGCCAUCAUCGCCGUGCUCAUCGCCUACAAGCGCAAGACCCGCGACGCCGACCGCACCCUCAAGCGCCUGCAGCUGCAGAUGGACAACCUGGAGUCCCGCGUGGCGCUGGAGUGUAAGGAAGCGUUUGCGGAGCUCCAGACGGACAUCCAGGAGCUGACUAACGACAUGGACGGGGUGAAGAUCCCUUUCCUGGAGUAUCGCACCUACGCCAUGAGAGUCAUGUUCCCUGGUAUCGAGGAGCACCCUGUGCUGAAGGAGCUGGAUUCUCCAGCCAGUGUGGAGAAAGCCCUGCGCCUCUUCAGCCAGCUGCUCCACAACAAGAUGUUCCUGCUGACCUUCAUCCACACCCUGGAGGCCCAGCGCUCCUUCUCCAUGCGGGACCGCGGCAAUGUGGCCUCCCUCCUGAUGGCGGCGCUGCAGGGCAGGAUGGAGUACGCCACCAUGGUGCUCAAGCAGCUGCUGGCGGACCUCAUCGAGAAGAACCUGGAGAACCGCAACCACCCCAAGCUGCUGCUCCGCCGAACGGAGUCGGUGGCGGAGAAGAUGCUGACCAACUGGUUCACCUUCCUGCUGCACAGAUUCCUCAAGGAGUGCGCCGGGGAGCCUCUCUUCAUGCUCUACUGCGCCAUCAAGCAGCAGAUGGAGAAAGGGCCCAUCGACACCAUCACUGGCGAGGCGCGCUACUCCCUCAGCGAGGACAAGCUCAUCCGCCAGCAGAUUGACUACAAGCAGCUGACGCUGAUGUGCGUUCCUCCCGAGGGGGAGGUCGGCACCGAGAUCCCGGUGAAGGUUCUGAACUGCGACACGGUGACCCAGGUGAAGGACAAGCUGCUGGACGCCGUGUACAAGGGAAUCCCCUACUCCCAGAGGCCCCAGGCCGAGGACAUGGAUCUGGAGUGGCGGCAGGGGCGUCUGACCCGAAUCGUCCUCCAGGAUGAAGACGUCACCACGAAGAUCGAGAGCGACUGGAAGAGACUCAACACGCUGGCACACUACCAGGUGACAGACGGGUCUCUGGUGGCUCUGGUGCAGAAACAGGUGUCGGCCUACAACAUCGCCAACUCCUUCACCUUCACCCGCUCGCUCAGCCGAUACGAGAGCCUGCUGCGGACCUCCAGCAGCCCGGACAGCCUGCGGUCCCGCGCGCCCAUGAUCACCCCGGACCAGGAGACGGGCACCAAGCUGUGGCACCUGGUGAAGAACCACGAGCACGCCGACCACCGCGAGGGCGACCGCGGCAGCAAGAUGGUCUCCGAGAUCUACCUCACGCGCCUGCUCGCCACAAAGGGCACGCUGCAGAAGUUCGUGGACGACCUCUUCGAGACGGUGUUCAGCACGGCGCACCGCGGCAGCGCCCUGCCCCUGGCCAUCAAGUACAUGUUCGACUUCCUGGACGAGCAGGCCGAUAGGAGAGUCUUAAAAAGCCCCCUUCUGAAGAUCCGACAUCCUUCAGGAAGAGAAAAAUCCUCUUGCCUGCCGCUGCGGUUCUGGGUGAACGUGAUCAAGAACCCGCAGUUCGUGUUCGACAUCCACAAGAGCAGCAUCACAGACGCCUGCCUCUCGGUGGUGGCCCAGACCUUCAUGGACUCCUGCUCCACCUCCGAGCACCGGCUGGGCAAGGACUCCCCCUCCAACAAGCUGCUGUACGCCAAGGACAUCCCCAACUACAAGACCUGGGUGGAGAGGUAUUACCGGGACAUUGCCAAGAUGCCCAGCAUCAGCGACCAGGACAUGGACGCCUACCUGGUGGAGCAGUCCCGCCUCCACGCCAACGAGUUCAACACGCUGAGCGCGCUGAGCGAACUUUACUUCUACAUUAACAAGUACAAGGAAGAGAUCCUGACCGCGCUGGACAGAGAUGGGUACUGCCGCAAACACAAACUGCGACACAAACUGGAGCAGGCCAUCAGCCUGAUGUCUGGGAGCAGCUGAGCCUGAGGCUGGAGGGGAGCAGCAGGAGGAGGCGGGGGCAG